UUCAGGAAUUGAUUAUUUGGCGAAUAUUUUUCCUUUGAUUAUGUUUCUGAUAUGACAAAAAUAUGGUGUCGACUCAGGAUCGUCCAACUCCUGCACCACGGACUAGUUUAAUCGACCAGAAACCACCGGUACCAAAUCGUACACUAAAACCGGCAGUUACUUCGAAUCCUCUUGUCAAUUUACCUGAUUCAACAAAACGGAUACCAAAUUCUUGGUUGCACCAGACUGUUUUACCGAUUCAAAAUUUAUCAAUUUAUAAUCUUCGUCGUGUCAAAUCUUUAUCUGCUAUCCGAAAGGCGGUUACAACAAAUAUUAAAAGAUCUGCUUCAUCAAGCAUUCAGAACACUGACUAUUCUAGAAAUACAUCAAAUGAAGUAUUGAAUUCAGAAGCUGUGGAACGAGGUCGCGUUGCAAGGAUUGCAAAAAUGCUGGAUUCAACAAUUUCUGGAAAUACAACUUGCACAAUAAGAUCAGUAGAGAAUGUUCCACGGAACGGCUUAUGGAACUCAGGGUAUAUUGGUCUUGAAGCAUAUUCGAGAAUGGUGGAUUUGUUCCAUGAUGGUAUCUCGUCAAAUAAUGGGUGUGAAAGAAGUUUCGAUUCUUCCGACAAAUGUUCUGAUGUUGGCAGUCUUCAAAACUCAGCAACCAUGAUUACACAUUCUUGGAAAAGGAGCAAGAAGACGAAUGGCCAAGACAUUUUAGGACAUAACUUGUUUUUGUCGGCAUGGGCUGAAGUCAUCGUCUGCAAGAAAGAUUAUGGUAAACUGUGGAUUGUUGUCGAACAAGGCGCUUUGGCUGGCUGGGCUUCUAAUGAUAAAGAUGGCAAUCCUGCAGUGGGUCCCUACUAUCUGAAAAACAUUUUGUACGUUGGAAAAAAUCCAGUAAACGGUGCUAUUGACUUACAUGUUCGGGAAAAUUUUUUAUGCAGUCACUGGACAAAUCUUAAGCUCAAAAUGGUUGCUGAAGUGAGAAAAUGGAUUUUGGAUAUUGUAAAAUGUAUCAUGCCGAAGAAUGAAUUGUUGCUGUACAGUGUAAGAAAUCUGUGUGCCGGAGGUAGCGUAUGGAUACGUCAAGGAACAGCGUGCGCCUGGUCAAGCGGUUGGAUGUUUCUCGAUGAACAUAAAUUAUAUUACGCGUUGGAUGGUUGUGCCAUAUUGUUUGAACUUGAUGUACGUAAAUUUAUUGGAAUGAAAAGUACACUUAGCAAAAUUGAUUGGUGUGCAUCGGUUGUUGGUUCGAUGAAAGGACCAUUCCUUUUGUUACAGGAGGGCGGUUCUUUAUUCGUGCAAGCGGAGUAUGAUUCAGCUACUUUAACAUGGAUUGAUUUAUUGAAUCAUCAGAUGGAAUGUAGUGGUUAUCGGUUGGAGGACUCAAAGCUAACAUCAGAUGAUGUUCCUGUUAUUGUUGAUAAGUGUAUAAAGUUCAUUUCCACUUAUGGUCUUCUUCAGCCAGGUUUGUAUCGUCGAAACGGUCCAAAUUUUGAAGUUCGUUCACUCCUAGCUGAAUUCAGAAAAGACCCUGUAAAUAUGCAUUUGUUGCCUGGAUCGGGUGAUAUGAUCAAUGUAGUAGCUGAUGUACUCCGAUCGUUUUUCAGACAACUUGAUUCUCCACUUGUUCCGUAUCAUAUUCAAGAUCGACUUUUCGCUGUUGCCAGCUUGAAAGAUCCAGCUAGGUUAGAUGAAUAUCAUGAAAUUUUGAUGGGUUUGCCACGAAUACGCAUUCAAACAUUGAGACGUAUCCUUGACCAUUUAAAAGAUGUUACUGAACUGGCAUAUGCAAAUUUAGCAACCAUCGAAAAUGUUGCGAAAAUUUUUGGACCAACACUAUUUUCGGUUGAGCAGGGUAAUGGAGUAGAUAACAGCUUUACUACCACAAUACAGCAAGUGAAUCUUGUCAAGGAUCUUCUCACUUAUUAUGCUUCUAUAUUCCGUAUUUCAGCACGUGAAAUGAUUAUAAAAUCGAAAAUAAAUAUGUUGCAGGAAAAGUCAAAUCAAACGAAGGCCCGUGCAGAUGGUUUUCUUGUUCCUGUACAUAUUCUUGAGAAAGAUAAUCAUACAUUCAAUGUGCAAUCAUCUUCGAAUGCGGAACAAGUCUGUGAUGCAGCUCGAAACAGACCAGCUGUUCGUAAUGAGGUUGAUGUAAAUCAUUUUGCACUGUUUGAGGAAAUAAAAUGUGGUCAACUGGAAAGGCGCGUGAAUCCGCCUGAGAAAAUGAGCUCAAUGAUUACUGGCAGAUGGCUUGACUGGGAACCUGCUGAAUGCUUUCUUCUAUUUAAGAGAGAUCCUAUUCCUUAUUCAUUUCGGCUUUCAUAUCCAUUUGCCGAUGAUGUGAGAAUUGCGGAGCAAGGAGCAAAAUCGUUCAGUGUUGGUCAUCUGAAAUUAGAGGGUGGAUUAGUUGCUUACUAUAAUAAGGGUUUGAAAAAAGUGAAUGAGUGGCAUACGGACGAUAUACUAUGGUACGCCGGACAUGAGAGUAGUCGUAAGCCACCUUAUCCGCACACUCUCACAUUUAUAUUACCGAAAGAUGAUAAUUUCAAGUACAAAUCGAAAAACAUGGGUUAUUGUGUUGCAUUUCGCGCGGCUACUUUGAGGACACAAUGGCUCAACGCCGUAAUCAGUUCACAGCAAGAUUUUCAUGAAAAUUCUUCUAUGCCUUUGGUGCAAAUUUGAAUUUUUCUAGUUUUUAAAACUUUAGAAUGGGGAAAUAUAUCACUUUCUACAGUGUGUAUUCUUCUGAGUCGAUAAUUUUAUUCUCAUUUCUGUAAUACUGUGUGCUUAACUUAGUCUAUAUGUAAUGUAAAUUGUUUCAUUUUGCAGAACAUCUCGGUUUCUUGUUUAAAUUAGAAAUUCAAACCUAUAUCUAUAUCCCAGUUUCUGCGAGAAAAGGUAUGCUGUAUGCCAAAAAAUGAUGCGAUGAAAAGUUCUAAGGCCCAGAACUCACCUGUAGAUAGAAAAUUGAAGAUUCAUUUUGUCGUUUUUG